AUGGGUUCACAGACUGAAAAUGCUUUUGAGAGCAUUGCACCUGACUCUCUUUCACCUCAGUCCGAGUAUGGGCAACCCUCAGAGUAUCCGUCCUACGAUGUGUUUAUAAAUCACAGGGGACCACACGUUAAGAAGACUCUGGCGGAUGCAUUGUAUCGCCAUCUCAGUGCCUUCAAUCUGCGGGUGUUUUUGGAUCAGAAAGAAUUGCAGACAGGAGAUUUAUUACGGGCGGCCAUACAGCAUGCUCUUGCCACAUGCAAAAUCCACGUACCAAUUUUCUCCCCAAGAUAUGCGGACUCGCCGUGGUGUUUGGCGGAGCUCUCUUUCAUGCUUAAAACCGGGACUAAAAUCAUUCCUGUCUUCUAUGACGUGCAACCCUUUCAUGCUCGAUACAUCAAUUCUGGGCCUUAUGCACAGGCAUUCAAAGAUUUCAAGAACAAGAACAGAAUUGAUCUCCGCAUUGUUGAGAAAUAG